AUGCCAGAAUUGUUAAACAUGGCUCUUUAUUCCAGAUAUCAAUCCCAUACUCCAAAUUUCCAACUUCGAAGUUCAACUAUCAUUCAAUUCCAAGAUUAAGUUUGCUAUGAAGAAAAUGAAGAUUUUUACACUGUUCAAAAUUCCAAGAAGAAGCACAAACAACUGUUAGAAUAUUAUCGAUACCAUACCGACAUCCCCAGGUUCUUUAUCAAAAAGAUAACGUCCUUAUUGGAAACUCACCAUGAGAAGAAAAGAGAAAUAAAGUACAAUAAAAUCAAAUUUCAGUUGGGAAUGUUAGUUGUUGAACCUGAAGAUUAACAUUUCUCAUUUAAAGCACUCCAAGGUUUGACAGAUUUAUAGACUUCCAGACAAUUAUAGUAGUUACUCAAACUAAUCUAAUCAAAUCGAUUUGAUACGAAGAAUAUUGCAGCUAUCAUCAAAGAAUAAAAAUAGUAAAUUGCCUCACUUAAUAAAAAAGAAUAAUUGAAGAAAAUAUUGAACAUAGAAAUAUAAUAAACAAUCACUAAAAAAAGACCAACAAAUCAUACUUUACCUACUUAACUUACUUAACCUACCUAAAAUACUCAAAAUACUUAAUAUACUUAAUAUACCUAGCAUACCUAACACACUUAACCUUCAUAACAUAAUUUAGGUAGUCCUAAGAAUCAUAAAACUAAAAUGAUAGGAACUGAAAUUUAUGGGAAUGUAGUCAAAAAGGAGUUUUAUAAAAGAUGGUCUGAUGUUCUGAGUCUGAGAUAAUUAGAAUUUCAUAAAAAUAAAAUGAAGUCCAGUCUGCUAAAGAAAAAAAUAUCACUAAAAUGA